UUCGGAGGAAAACUCAGAUACAACAGAAACUUAUAGUGAUACAGUAUCAGAAAAAUCAGGCAUGGGAUCAUCAUCUGAAACAAAGUUACCAACUAUAAAAACCGAGAUAUCAUCAGGAGGAGCUCAGUAUGUGAUUGAUAACCUGGAUGGGGUCGACACAUUCACUAUAGAAGGUAAAACCUUCCAUGAGGGAUUAGGUAAUAAUUGGCAUUGCACGGAACUAGGUCUUAAAGUUGAAGAAAAAAAUGAUAAACUGUAUAUACCAGUGAAAGCAUUAUAUAAAAAGGGAAAAGAGAAGGAAGACCUUGGUGAUGGCAAAGAAGAAUUUGAUGAAGAAGAAAUGAAGGUGCUCCUAGCCAAGAAAACAAGUGAAUUGGAAGAGGCAGAACAAAGGAAAGUAGCAGACUAUCAGAAAUACCAAAUGUUGGAAACUCAGAAGAAAUUAGUAGAACUAACCCAAGCCCAUGAUAAAAGAGAAAGGGAGUUAGCUAAACAAAAAAACAAAACGGUUUUUGAUGUAGUGGCAGAAUAUCUUGAGAAAAACCAGAAAGAUGUACCAGACGAGUACACCCUUGAAAUCAACCUGGACGAUAGUGAUGAGGAAGAAGCAAUUGACGAAGAAGAUGAAGAAGCUGCUUAUUCCAUGGACGGAUCUUUGGCAGGAUAUUCAUUGGUAAAGAAACAUGAUGAGGAGCUCCACAAAGAACUUAAAGAACUGAAAGAACUUUUAACAAAGACAGCACAAGAAACAUGUGAUCUCUGCUACAAGAAAGGACAUCAGGCCAUAGACUGUCCCCAAAGAAGUCUAAAAACAUCUAGACAACAAAAGAAAAAUUGCAGCAAUUGUGGAAAAGCAGGGCAUUGGGCUAAGGAAUGUCGGAGGGUGAGGAAUGACACUAACCAAGCUUGCUUUAGCUGUGGACAACUAGGUCACUUUGCUUAUCAGUGCCCUCAUACAGGACAACCUAAACAAAUAUUACAGAAAAGUAAUCAAGCACCAAAGAAA